AUGGACUACAUCUAUCAAGUCCAAGCAUGUUACAACGGAACCAGAUACUCUCAUCUGAUGGUCAAUUUAAUUGCUAAAACUUUGCAAAUCCUAUGUCGACGAGGCUCAAGUUUUCUUGCAUUGUAUAUUGCGACAAUUCGAGCAUUAUCGGUUCUUUUCCCGAUGAAUAAUAUUAUCAGCGCUAUGACACAGAUAAAAGCCGGGGUUUUGGUUAUGUUCCUUGUCAGUGUUGCUUCUGGUUCUUGGAGUUUGGUUUAUUUUGUGAAAUCAAAAUUUGUCGUGGUACAAAACUGUGACAGCGAAAUGGUUGACUACUUCUCCUUCACUGGACCAGUCGUAAAACUGUUGAGACCUAGCUACCUGCCAUAUCGACUUGUCGACCGAGAAACAUGGGAAUUAACCUACUUGAUGGUAGAUGGAUUCGUUGCAAUAUUCAUCAGUAUAUGCUAUUUCCUUGUUGUUAUCGCUUUAGUCAUCGGAAUAAGAAGAGCCAAUAAGAUAAGGAAAAAUGUCAGCAAGGAGGAGCACGAUAACAACAAGGAAAUAGCAUAUACUGAUGAAUAUUGCAACGAAUCCAUCUACCAUCAAAUCUCAACUCAGUGUACAAUGCUUGUUUCCAGCAAGGAUAUGGUUUUCUCGUCCGAGAAUGUGAAACAACUAGUGAAGCGGUGUAUUCCAAACGAGCUCAUCCCCGUCGACUGGAAAUGCGACCAAUCAGAUAUUCGCUCAAACCUCGAAUCCCUUUUGGAAUGCUCCCGUGGCCAAUUAGGGAUGUUCGAAUCCGUGACUGCUCUUUUCCAAGCACUUGCAAACUUCCUCACUGUUCCUGGAUGUGUGACUAUGCUUCAAUUCGAUGGGAUAUAUGCGACCUUACCUUUAAUUCAUACCAGUAUCAAAGGAGUUGAAUAUAUCUACAAGAUGGAUGUCCUCGAACUCAUUUCUCUUGCUGUUCCAUGUCCAUUCGAAGGUUGGCAAGCUGAAUUGGUUCGAUUGGCAGUGAAGAGUCGUCUGAAGUGUUUCGAAGCUGAUUGGAAAUCUCGAUUCAAUUCAAAUUGUGAAAUGAUCAAAGUGGACCUUGCAAAGCUUAAAACUUUUGCUGUAAACCUGCAUGAGUGCGCAAAAGCAUUAUUCAAAAACACCGAAUUGUGUAUGCCCAAUCUGCCGGACUUUUCCAAUGUCGAGUCUACAGAUGGAUCUUAUGAAAUGUUGAAAUCUUUCGAUGAGAAAUACCCAAUAGCGAAGAACAAGCAAUUUUAUACCCAAAUGUUUUC